CCCCACUCCCCAUCAUCACCUACAUAUUCACAUCAUCUCUCUGCCCUCACAACGUCGGGAAUUUUCAUACAUCAUACCCUCUGAAGUCAUCUGCUUUUUAGUCGGGAAGCCCAGUUAUUGCUCUCACGCCGAGAGACCAACUCCUCCCUUCGUCUCAAUUUCUCGUCGCGUCUCGUAUCCCUCGAUCUACACCCUUGCCGGCCCUCCCACCAGCUUGUGUCACAGAUAUUCAUUCCACACUUGCAUCAUGACAUCCCAGCCUCUCCCCCCCAGGCACAGUGGGGAGAGUAGUGGCAACACCAAGGAUGAUCCUAUCGCGGUUCAUGACCUCCAGGUCAAGGAUGCUGGGUCUUUUUCGCAGGCAGCGCCUUCGGUACACAACCUGUGCAACAUGUGCGAGAGCGAAGGCACAAAGGCGUGUGGGAAGUGUGGCGAUGCCUACUAUUGCUCUGCUGAGUGCCAGAGAUCUGACUGGCCCAUGCAUAAGAUACUCUGCAAGGCCUUCUCAGACUUCAAGUCUGACAAACGUCCGUCUCCUGAGCACUUCCGGGCAGUGAUCUUCCCCAUGACUCAGGGCGAGCCAGAAUUUGUCUGGCUGGGAUACAAUCAGUUGCGAGGUACCACGACCGUGGAGCAUCCGGACCUAGGCAAGGUCACCAAGAUCAUUGGCCGCCCAGCACUGCCCACUUCUGCAACGCUGUACGUCCCGAUAACUACCACUGCUCAGUUCAGUGGUAAGGGAAUGGCCCAUGCCCUGUGUAUCUGGGGUCUCCAGGUCCAUACUACCGGCAUAGUACCGGAGCUUCUAAACCAGUCCCAGGCUGCUCUUGGAAAGCCUGGCCUGCUGCGACCAUGGUUUGGACCUCACAUCCAUGUCGCCAUCACCCAAGAUGCCCAGAGCGAAGGGGCACAGAACAAUAGCAAGGCAGGAGACAGAGAUAUCACCAUGCGCGACUUCCGCCACAUUGUCGACUUCUACCAAAACUACAAGGACAACCCCUGCAUUGCGAAUCCCGAUCGAUCAGUCUCGCAAUCCAUUCCAGCCAUCAAGAUCAGCAGCACCAAUGACCCAUUCAACAAGCAGAUGGGCAUCACUGACACAAUGCGCACUGUCAAAGUCCAGGCACCCCUCCAGACAGACAGAUUCCAGACUGCAGUGACCCUGGCCAACCUGGUGGGUUUGAGUUGGUGGCUUCGGGAUGGAAACCCGAUCACCAGUGAGGGAAUUGAGCGCCCUUGGAAGAACGCCGAUGCCCGAUACCUGGAUACCAUCACAGUUGCUUGCACAGUUGACGACAGGACGUACGCCUAUUCUGGAACCACGCCUCUCCAGGGGAGCGUACUAGUCAUGCAUGCCAAGGGGCUGCCUCUGGAUUUCCAUCACAUCUGGGCUUUCAAUGAGUACCUAGAUCUGGUCAUGAUUACCCGGGGAAUACCUUCCAAACCAGCAUUCAAGGCGUACUGGGCCAGGUACAAGGAUGUGAAAGCCCGGUCUGGUAUCUGCAUGGACAAUGUUCCUUCGCCCUACGACUUGGAGGACCCGGAGCUGGAGGAUAUCCUCGAUACGGAUGCCAAGAUUGUUCGCAAGGCUAUGGCCAACAACACAGCAGUACAUUUUUGAAGGGUAU